ACCACUUCCAAGAAGCUACAGCAGACUUUAAGGCUCACAUGGCUCUGCAGGAGCUGGGCAUCAGCCUGUCCAUGAUGGGCGUCGCCGGCACCAUGUUGAUCUGCGGCCUGCCCAUGUGGAAGGUCACAGCGUUCAUCGGCACCCACCUGGUGGUGAUGCAGGUGUUCUGGGAGGGCUUGUGGAUGACCUGCGUCAGCGAGUACACGGGCCAGAUGCAGUGCAAGCUCUACGACGCCCUGCUGGACCUGUCGCCGGACCUCCAGGCGGCCCGCGGCCUCGUUUGCAUCAGCCUGGUGCUGGGGUGUCUGGGGUUCCUCGUCUUCAUCCUGGGAGCUCGCUGCACCAACUGCCUGGGCCACCCGCGGAUCAAAGCGCGGGUGGUGAUCGGCUCCGGCGCCAUCUUCUGCCUGUCCGCGCUCACCACCGUGGUCGCCGUCGCCUGGACCGCCAACACCAUCAUCACGGAUUUCCACAACCCCAGAGUUCCCGAGGUGCUGAAGAGAGAGCUGGGCGCGGCUAUCUACAUUGGGUUUGUGUCGUCUGGGCUGCUGUUCUGUGGAGGAGCCGUUCUCUGCGUGACCUGCCCACCAGAACCAGACAGAUUCCCGUCCAGCGGCUACAUGCUGGCCAAGACUCCCACCCGGAGCAGCUACGCCAUCAAGAACUACGUAUGAAAAGAGAAACAAAACCACAACGUCUUGACCUCUACGAACUUCUUCAACCCUUUUUAUGGUGCUUGCUCCUUAAUUAUAACUUCUACACUGCAAAACUACAAAAAAUGACCAAGUAUUUUUGGUCUAGUUUCUAGCGCACAUAUGUUAGCACACUUGAAAACCUUUCAGCAAGAU